GCGAUAAACUAGUGCAAGGUGAAGGUCUGUUCAUCUGUUUUCUUCCUCUCGGUCACUUUAACCUGGUUCUUCGGUCUGUCAGAUUAAACUGGAGUCGUCCAGGAGGAUGAGGAUAACCGUGCUGCUUGUCUCCCUCCUGUUCGUUUCCCAGUAUGCCUCAGGAGUCGAGGUGUAUGAGGGGGAGGAGUCUGUCCUUCUGCUCUGCCAGCUUCCCGUUCCAGCUGAAGAGGGUGUAGUUGUGUGGGGACGCGAUGACCUGAAUCCUUCAAUCAUCCAUGUUCGCACAGAGGAAGGUGAUUAUCUUACAGACCAAAAUAAACAAUACGUCGACAGAACAUCCAUUCAAAAGGACGCCCUGAAGACCGGAGACCUCAGCCUCACUCUGAGAAAACCUACAUUCUCUGACAGUGGACUCUACACCUGCACCGUACGCAAGGUUGGAGAAAAACAGAACCAGACUGAAGUGCAACUAAAGGUCAAAGAGCGUCCUCCUCCUCCUCCAAUCUGGCCCAAAGUUCUCCCAGCGGUCCUGGUUCCGGUGCUUGUCCUGGCUAUUGGCAUUAGUAUUUUCAUGUGUCUUGUAUAUCAAAGGAUGAAGAAAACAGCAGUCUGCCAGCUCAAAGUUGUUGAUGUGACAGAGGGAGCAGAUUCUGUCCUGCUACCCUUCAUAUCCAAAAAACUGAGGAAUACGGAGACCGCCAAAGUGGAGUGGAAGCAUAUCCAAGAAGACGAAAUGAAGGUUGUGUAUGAGAAGGAUCGGAAAAGUCAAGGCGUACCUUACACAGACCGCACAGAGAUGAGGAAAGAUCCAUGGAACACAGGAAACGCCAGCCUAACUUUGUUAGGUCCUCGCUCUGAAGAUGGAGGUGUUUACAUAUGCACCAUGUAUGACACGUAUGGAAAGGCCCUGAAACAGAAAGUAGUGGCACUCUGGGUCAAAGAGGGCUGGCUGAAAACCAUCAGAAGCUUCUUCCCGUGUGCCAGACAGAACAGACAGAAUUAUGUCAUCUGAAUGAAAAGGCAAAGGUGAAUCUGUUCACUGUUCAGUCAAUGUGAUUCAUCUCUUCUUGAUGAAGCUUUUCCAAAUGAAACUCACAGUAAUAAGGUCAUUACCAAAUGAAAAGUCACAUUGACAAAUAUGUAAAACUACUGUGUGUUUGUGAGCUCUCAGAUGUCUGUUUCAGUCAGUUUGAACACUUGACACAUGCACUCAGCACAACCUGAACUAAUAUUCAGAUCGUCUGUGCACAAUUUAAACUAAAGUUCUGCAUAGAGAGGUGAGAGCAGU